AUGCUUCCUUCAUUAGUCAGAUCGGGCGGAUACGUGUGGAAGUUUACUCCACAUAUCACAUCAACACAACGUGUCAACUUGCGCAAAAGAAGUGAACAAGUCGAUGCAAACAUUGACCAAAUAUAUCGUGGUUUAAUCCACCUGCAACAAGGUGACAAGAAAAUGGGCGACAAGACAGGGUACCCCAAGAUCGAUCAUUUGAAGUUUGAUAUGCCCAGAUUUAACGACAUGAAGAGUCGAGAUAAGUAUACCACAUUUAGCAAGCAUUCACGUGAUUAUAGAAAGCCAAUUCAUAGGGUACCAAAAUGGACCAAAUUGUCAUUCAGAGAGAAUCCAAAGUACUUCUAA